AUGUGCCUGGACCCAAAAAUAAACCCGGCAACGCAAGAACCGGUUAAAUGUGCAAACUUGACCGCUUUUGCUCCAUGUUAUCCGGCACCAAAUAUUUCCUGUAAAGAUUAUGAGGGGAAUGUCACAACCUUCUCUGGGAAAGAAAUUGGCUUCUUCCGACCGUUUCCCUGCCGCAACGUAAACGGUUAUUCCUACAAAGUAGCAGUGGCGUUGUCCUUGUUUCUUGGAUGGCUCGGAGCGGACAGGUUCUAUCUGGGUUACCCUGCUUUAGGAAUGCUGAAGUUUUGCACAGUUGGCUUCUGCGGAAUUGGCAGCCUAAUUGACUUUAUCCUCAUCGCCAUGCAGAUUGUUGGCCCAUCUGAUGGAUCAAGCUACAUCAUUGACUACUACGGAGCCAGGCUCAUCCGUUUAAGUAUCAAUAAUGAAACCUUCAGAGAGACGCAGUUGUAUCCAUGA